AUGGCUCAGGAGAGGAAGGAAGGAGAACUGAAUUUCAAAGAUCUGGAAGCUUUUAACAAGGCUUUGCUUGGAAAGCAGAUUUGGAGGUUUAUCACCAAACCAAAUCUACUUGUGAGUAGAGUCUUGAAAGCCAAAUACUUCAGUAAGGAGUCCAUUUUCACAUGUAAAGUACAAGGCACUGCCUCGUGGUUCUGGAAGGGAUUGAUGAGUGUGAGAGGUGUGUUGGAAGAAGGGGUACUGAGGAGAAUAGGGAACGGGAUUAGCACAAAGAUAUGGGAACAUAAGUGGAUUCCACAGGCCCCAAAUGGCAAGCCAUCAACAACUAAGCCACAAAAUUGUAAGUUUGAAACAGUUCAGCAGCUCAUCACUAACAAAAGAUGGAACUCCAACCUAGUUUUCAGACUUUUCAAUAAGUCGGAUGCUAUGAGGAUUCUUAGCAUCCCAGUCAGCCUAGGGGGGAGAGAAGACUCACAUUAUUGGGGAUACAAUGAAGGAGGAGAAUACACGGUGAGGUCUGGCUAUAAGAGGUUUAUGAAAGAGAGCUUAGGCAGUAGCAAUUCUAAGGAAAUGGCUGGUACAAGCAUGGAGGCAGGCAGUAACCAACGUGAUCCAGUUUGUAAAGGCUGUGGAGAAGAACCGGAGAUAAUUGAACAUACUCUUCUGCAAUGUCCCAUAGCAAAAGCCAUAUGGAAAAUAGCUCCAAUAACUUGGGAGGGGGCUGAUGAUCAGAUAGGAAACUUCCACAGAUUGUGGAGUAGGAUCACAGAGGCGAAGAAUAGACAAGAUGGAAGAAACCAUAUGGGGCUCACAGCUAAUAUACUUUGGCAAAUUUGGAAGGAUAGGAACAAAAGGGAGUUCAAGAACCAGGCAGGCUAUAAUCCGUGCAGUGUUAUUCAAAAAGCACACAUGGAAUGGCUAGAGAUUGUGGAGUUAGAUUCGAAGAAGGAGCCUCAGAGCACAACAGAAAUAGUGGUACCAAUGGAAGUGGACAGUGUUGCACCAGAUAGCCACAAAGGGGUAAAUCUGAGAGUGGCAAUCAAAACCUCUAAGAGAAAUGCAGUACUGGGCAUUAGAGUUUCUGUGCGCAGAGUACCAAAUGAGGCAUAUGAAGUAUGGGCCUUAAAAGACAGAAGCUCGGGUGACCACAUUAUUGAUGAGGCUACAGCAAUCAAGCUAACUUUAUGCAAAGCUUUGGACAGACAAUGGAGUACCAUCUCAGUACAUAUUCGUAACAAAGGACUGCUGAAGCUACUCAAGCUUGGUAAAGCUUCGGACUACAGAAUGACAACACUGAUUGAGGAUAUCCUUAGCUUAAAAUCACUGUUUCGAAUGUGCUCAUUUUGUUUAGACAAUGAUGAUGAUAACAUAGAUUGUAACAGUGUUAGUUCUUAUGCCCAAGGCAUUUUGUUGGAUAAGGAAUUUCUUGUUCCUCCGUGUUCUUGA